AUGCUCGAGUACUACGACUGGUGGAUGACCAAGUACGGCCACAUCGUUGAGCAGCUCUCCGACUACCCGUCCAUCGAUUAUACGCUUUUUAACACUGCAUUUGCCGGUCCCAAGCCAGAUGAGAAAAAUGUGGAGGGAACCGCAAGUAGAUCUGCCGCCGCGCAGCCGACCCGCAAGAGGACGCGCGUCGCCAUGGGCACCACCGACGACUACGAGGAGACCUGCUGCCUCGGCCAGGGGGCCUUCGGCGCCGUCAUCAAGGGGCGCCACCGCGCCACCGGUGGCGCCGUGGCCAUGAAGUUCCUCACCAGCGAGCCCGCCGCCGCCGGCCCCGCGGCGCUGCUGCGGGAGGCGCUCUUCCUCGAGGCCUGCGCCGGAAACCCCUUCGUCGUCGGCUCCCGCGGCCUGGCCCGCGACCCGGACACCGCGGAGCUCUGCCUCGUCAUGGAGUGCGGCGGCGCGAGCCUCCGCGACGCCCUGCGCCAGCGCGACCGCGCCGGGAGCCCGCCGCUGCCCGAGGCCACGGUGCGCGCCGCCAUGUGGCAGCUGCUGAACGGCGCCAAGAGGAUGCACGACGCCCACAUCAUCCACCGCGACAUCAAGCCCGAGAACAUCCUUGUCGGCGACGACCGCGUCCUCAGGUUCUGCGACUUCGGGCUCGCCGUGCACAUGGCGGAGCGGCCGCCGUACACGCAGGCCGGCACGCUCUGGUACAUGGCGCCCGAGAUGCUGCUGGAGAAGCCCGACUACGACGCGCUCGUCGACAUCUGGUCGCUCGGCUGCGUCAUGGGGGAGCUCAUCACCGGGAGGGCUCCGUUCCAGGGCGAAGACUCUGAAGACCAGCUCUGCGCGAUCGUCGGCGUGCUCGGCGUGCCAGAUGACAUGGCAUGGCCGUGGUUCUCGUCCACGCCGUUCGCCAACGAGAUGACGGAGCUGGACCAGCAGCGGCACAAGUCCAACAUCCUACGCUGCAAGUACCCCGAGACGAAGCUGUCCGACGAAGGAUUCGAGCUACUCAACGGCCUCCUCACGUGCAACCCCGACAAGCGGCUCACGGCAGCUGCCGCGCUCAAGCACCCAUGGUUCUCCAAGAUGGACGUGCUGGAUCUGCCAAAGGAUGAACUGGUGUCGCCGUCGCCAAAGAGACCAAGAUGUGCAUAACUUGAA